AUGGACAAGAUAACCGAAGCCCUCGCAAAGGUGACAAAGAAUGUCGUUGCACCUACUGGUAUUCCUAUCAACCCAGUGACAGGGCCUGAAGCUCCAGACAUUCGCUCUCGAGGACCUAUCGAUCCACAGACUAUUGGGUCUCUGCACCCGAAUGCUAAUGUACCAAGAAUCGAUGUACCGUAUCCCGGCGGAUCUGUAGCUCCUCCAAUUCCUCCACAUGGACUUCCCUCAGGCAAUCCCUACCCCCCUAAUAGUGGUUUCAAUUACCCAUCCCAUAACAGCAACUACCCUUCCAACAGCAACUAUCCUCCCAACAGCAACUACCCUCCCAAUGGCAACUACCCUCCCAAUAGCAUUCACCCCUCCAGCACCCACCCAGCACAUGGGCAGCCAUCCGGCUACCCUGGCGCUCAUGCACACGGUCGGCCCAACCCUUAUUAUCCCUUUACGAAUGCGUUCCCCCCUGCUCAAGGCGGCGGCGGAGGCUUUCCUCCGCCUAACGGAAAUCCCCCACCUGGAGGAUAUCCUGCCCCAGGAAGCUAUCCCGUACCGGGAGGGUAUCCAGCUCCAGGAAAUUAUUAUGGAGCCUCAAACCUUAAUCCUAACUACCCCCAGCACCACGGUUACCCGACAAGGAGGGCAUGA